AACAGAUGCACAGCGUAACCGGAAGUUCUUAUCCUGUUCUAAGCUUUGAAAAGCAACGGAGCGCGUAGCUACGAUUUCUCAACAAUGUCUGCGAAGCUAGACGCUUUGAAGAGCGAUUCAUACACUGAAAUCAGCCAGUACAGAGACCAGCAUUUUAAGGGGAAUCGCUAUGAACAGGAAAAGCUGCUGAAGCAGAGCAAUACUCUGUAUGUUGGGAACCUCUCCUUCUACACCACUGAGGAGCAGGUACAUGAGUUGUUCUCAAAAUGUGGCGAUGUCAAGCGCAUCGUUAUUGGCCUGGAUAAAGUCAAGAAGACUGCGUGUGGAUUCUGUUUUGUAGAAUAUUACACGCGGGGAGAUGCGGAGAAUGCCAUGCGCUUUGUUAACGGUACGAGGCUGGAUGAUCGAAUCAUCAGGACAGACUGGGAUGCCGGCUUUAAGGAGGGCAGACAAUACGGCCGUGGCAAAUCUGGAGGACAGGUGAGGGAUGAGUACAGGCAGGACUACGACCCAGCCAGAGGCGGCUACGGUAAGCUGGCUCAGCAGCAUCGAAGUACAGAGAGACCCAAUUCUUUUUAGAUGGAAUCCCACCAGCAGUCUGCUUUGACUGCACAAAGCUUCAGUCCUGGACAGAUUAAUUAUUCAGGAAACGACAACAUCUUGCAAGACUGCUGAUGAAGAAGAGAAAACUUUACAGGUGAAGCAUUGGAUCAGAACCUGGAUAUUGACACAGUAAAGGUUGUGCAUGGAAAAGAAAUAAACGACUCCUACUUUAGCAAAAACAUUUUGUUGUCAAAUAAAAACAAAUUGAAGGAAAUGGAAGCCAAGCAUAUUUUGAUUUUAUUGUUAUUGUUUUAAGUUAGAAUCUUGACAAAAUGAUCUUAUCGCUCCUGGUCUAGUUCAGUUAUUUUGAAGUGAUGGAAAACAUGGGUUUGCUUUGGAUUGCUUUACCUAAAUGAUACUUUGUCAGAAAUUGUGUACCACAUAUUGUAUCUUUUAAUAAAAUGUUUUCAUAAAGA